AUGCCUGGCUACCGGCCUCGCAGAGGAGGCAGACCCUUUUCAAAGGGUCGCACAGGCAAAAAAGGCCCCGUGGCUGAGAAGCAAUAUGUCUUCAAGGGUUCCCGACUGAAAGAAACCGAAGAUGAUGCGUCGCAAGAUGACGCUAGGAGCGAGGAAGACGCCUUGAUUGCGGCCGAAGAAGAUCAGUCCAGAGAAGACAAACGGGAGCUUCAAUCUGCGAGUGAGGAUGAGGCUCCUGCCUCGAAUUCCUAUGCCCUAUUAUUGCAAUCGCUCCGCGCGGGGAAAGUGAAUUCCGAACCUCCAAGGAAGAAGAGAAAGGUGUUGCGCAGCGAAAAGAAUGAGGACACGAACAGGUCUGUGACCGAUGAGGAACCAUUUGAAUACCGAAGCGCUCAGGAGGACGCAUACGAGCAACCUUUGGAACUUCGAGAGGAAGUGGAAGCCGACGAAGAGCAUGAAAAUGGCCAUGUGGCGGACGCUGAUUCGGAAAAUGAAGAAAUCCUAUUGCGAGAUCCGUUCGAGAAGCAUUACACGACAAUUUUGGAACAAGAUUUCAAAGACGCAGUUAGCCAGGUGGACCAGAAACAAUGGUUGAUCACUUCGUCCACCUCGGAUUCGGGCAUUCGCAGUACAGCUCUCUUCACAAAGGAGAAUCCAGCCCAAGUCAGCGGGCUGAAAUCGGCAAGAGAUUCUCAUCUAAAGCGCCGGCUGGUCGAUGGUGGGACCAAAAUCAUCUCUAGUCUAUCUUCGGACGAGAAGAACAUCGCCGGACUUGUGUUCAACUACAUCGACAUCAUCAAUGGCGGCCGGAACGUUAGGAAUUCAAUGCGUUUGCGCGAUCUAUCCUGCUUGCAUGCCCUUAACCAUAUCUUCAAGACUAGAGAUCGCGUCCUCAAAAACAAUGCGAAACUAAGCUCACUAUCUACCGCUGAGGCUCUCGACCUCCGCGAUCAAGGGUUCACUCGACCCAAAGUUCUCAUCGUGGUACCUACGAAGCAGGCAUGUGUGCGAUUCGUCGAAAGCAUUGUCAAGAUCAGCGAACCUGAUCAGCAAGAAAACAAAGCACGGUUCAUGGAAACCUUUUCCCACGAAGACGGGGACGAAUGGCAAGAUAAACCGGAGGACUUUAGACAACUCUUCGGGGGCAACCACGAGGAAGAUUUUCGGAUCGGAUUGAAAUUCACCAGGAAGACGAUCAAGUAUUUCUCUGGGUUCUACAACUCGGACAUCAUCAUCGGCUCCCCUCUUGGGUUGAUGCGUACGAUAACCGCGGGUAGCGGUAAGGACAAGAAGAAACCCCAGGAUGCAGAUUUCCUGUCUUCCAUCGAGCUCGUCAUCGUGGACCACGCAAACGCCCUACAAAUGCAGAACUGGCAACACGUCGACCACGUCUUCUCCCAGCUCAAUCUUCUCCCCAAGGAUUCACAUGGCUGCGACUUCUCCCGCGUCCGCCACUGGUAUCUCGAUGGGCAGGCUAAAUAUCUGCGACAAACCAUCGUAUUUUCCGACUAUCUGACCCCCGAAAUCAACGCCUUAGCCUCGACCCAUCUACACAAUGUCGCUGGACGACUGAAGCUCGUCCCAACCUAUCCUGGGGCAAUGCUCUCCAUUUCCUCCCUUGCCCUGCCUUUCACGUCGAGCGUCCCUCAAACCUUUCUGCGUAUCCCCUCGCCCAACCCCUUGUCCGAAUCGGAUGCCCGCUUUAAAUUCUUCGCGACCACGAUCCUUGCCCCACUCGUCCGUGACGCGCGUCAUCAACGUGGCAUCCUGCUCUUCAUUCCUACUUACGCCGACUUCGCUCGUUUGCGCAACUACCUCUCAACAUCCUCCGACACAACGGCUCUGUCUUUCGGAAGUGUCUCGGAAUACACCCCUGUAAAGGAGGUGAUGCGUGCGCGCUCGCACUUCCUCUCCGGCCGCCAUGCCUUGCUUCUCUAUUCGGAACGAGCGCAUCACCAUUUCCGGUACCGGAUCAAGGGCGUGAGGAAGAUUCUCUGGUACGGGGUUCCCGAGAAUCCCAUCUUUUGGACGGAGAUCAUCGCGCUCUUGGGGCACGCAACUGACAAAAAAGACGGACAGGUCCGCGCUGCCAAGGGCGGAGCGAAGGGGGUGAUCAGAGCACUGUUCACAAAGUGGGAUGUGUUGAAGCUGGAGAGGAUUGUAGGGACGGAGAGAGUAGGGAGGUUGAUCAAUGACCACGGGGGAGAUGCGUUUGAUUUUGUAUAG